AUGUUAUUUUUAUUGCGGUGUUGUAACGGCCAUGUCGACAGCGCAAAGCUGGAAGAGGAAUGCAAAAUAGCGGACAUCUGCCGCCAUGAUCAGGUGCCGAUGUGCGGAAUAGAUUCGUGUGGAGAAAUGAGGACCUUCAUAGACACGUGCGACAUGCACGAAUUCAACUGCGAUAGCAAGAAAGAUUUCAUUCAAAAACCAGUCCACGAAUGCUGGGUGACGUGCAAACGCGGAAGGAGCUUCAAGAAACCGCUGUAUGGGGCUGAUUGCGAUAAGGAAAACUUCGUG